GCUGUUGCGUGAUGGGAGUCAUGUUUCACAGUGGUCUCUCUCACACCGGCUAAAAUACAGUUCGCAUUCGCCUGAAGACGCACAAGAGCUUAAAAUAUCUUCAUCCUUCAACAGCGUUUGACUCCACGAAGAAAACAAGAUCGCUUUGGAGAAAGUUAGCAGGUUUCUACAACCCUCUCUCGGCUGUUUUAUGAGCACAGAGGGAUGGCCAUACCGAGCAUGUCUGACUCCAGCAGGCUUACAGAAGUGCCCGCUCUGGCUUAUCUGGAUGAAGGGAUGUCAGCAGCGGGUACAGAGUGUCCAGAAGAGCCCGAUCUCCAGCCAAGAGCCCUGGAGGAGCUUCAGCCAGAGGGCAAGCAAUGUCAAGCAUCUGCAAUUACAACUAUAGAAGACGACAGCAUUCAUUCAUGCACCAGCAACAGGUCAGAUUCAUCAUUCACUUCAAGCGAGACAGAGAACAAAGCAACAGUCAGCAGCUUCAGAAAACGCCACAGGAAACACCGAAUGAAAAAUAAAAACAUGAGGAAAAAAAACGAGAUGUGUAGAAAAGACCACCGAUCAGUCCUUUCAGACCACAUAACAGCAGAAUGUUUAUCCAGACCUCAGCAGGUUACUCCAGAUGUCUGGGAAGACGCUGACAUCUCACGUUUAUUUCUUCGCAAACUGAACGUCGACUUUUUUUCAACAUUUGAGUCUCGCAGCUCGAUAUCUGACACCAUGGAUCCAAAAUCAGACGUUGCGUAUAUUUAUGCUGAAAGUAUAAAAGGUUGUGACUCGUCUCUUUGCACGAUGGACACCAAUAAUACUCUUUUAUCAAACAAUAUUCAUAUAAGCAACAAUUCUGAUUGUACCUGCAAGAGCUUCUCAUCUGAAGACUCAGACUGUGAUUUGUACGUCUCAGGAAACCUGUCGGGUAACAGUAUAGAGGCGAACGCAGGCUCUUUCUUGGAUGAAUUCAACUUUGAAUCCACUUGUAUUUACACCGAAUGGGAUCAGAAAGUGGACAGUACAGAAACCGAGUUGCAUUACAGUCUAAUCCAAGCAGAAUGGGGUUCAGCUUCAUCAAAUUACAGCGACUUUUCCUGCAACACAGACACAAAAUCCAGCAGCUCAGAUUCAGACGGCUGCACUGUAGAGGCGAUCUGUGAUCUUAAAUGCCCAGACGGAUGUGCUGACGUGUUUUUGUCUGAUUGUUUUGACUGCUGUGAUGAAUUUGGCACAGUUAAGGAUGUCUGCAAGGACACGGAGAGUGAUUCGGAGUCGGGUGAACUUUGGGGUGUCGUGACUCAGACAGACCGACAGCAUUUCUCAGAUUUUUUCUGUGAAAUGAUUAAAGAAGAGACGCAGGAGAAAGAUAUGAAGAAAAUGAAUGUAAACGAGGGGUUCCUGUUUCAUCCAAAGCAGUUCCUCCAGGUGAAGAACUCUGAAUAUCGAGAGGGUCGUGAAUAUUCAUUUCUCCGGCACAUUCAGAACGGCUCAUAUGGAGAUGUCUUCAGCAUCCGAGACAAACAAACCGGCUUCACAUGUGCCGCCAAGAGGAUCCCCGUCUGCAGUUUUGGGUGGCAGGAGGUGGAGACGUGGAGCAGGAUGGAGUCUCCUCGGGUCCUGCAGCUGUUCGGUGUGGUGCGCGAGGGACACAACAUCAUCCUCUUCAUGGACCUCAAGAGAGGCUCUUUAGCUCAGCUGCUGCGGCUGAAGGCUCGUCUGUCUGAAGAUCUGGCUCUGUAUUAUCACUGUCAGGUCCUGCAGGCUCUUCAACACCUGCACAGCAGGCACGUCGUUCACCUCGAUGUCAAAGUGGACAACGUGUUGCUGUCUGAAGAUGGCCGACAGUGUUUUCUGUGUGAUUUCGGGCUCUCUGAGACCCUCAAUCAGGGCGGAUACAGCACCAAAACUUUUAGAGGGAGUCUUCUGCGUGGCACAGAGUCUCAUAUGCCCCCAGAGGUGGCCCGUGGAGACCCUCGCUCUGCUAAAGCUGACGUGUGGAGCAGCUGCUGUAUGUUGCUGCACAUGCUCAGUGGACACCAGCCCUGGACCCGCUACUAUCCUCACCCGCUCUGUCUGAAGAUCGUGAGUGAACCUCCUCCUCUGUGGGAGAUUCCGCCUGACUGUGACCCUUUGACCUGUGAUGUCAUCAAAGCAGGACUGGUGAAGGAGCCGACAGAGAGAGAUUCGGCAUCAGAGCUGCUGCAGAAGAGCAUUACAGCACUUAGAGCAGUAUGUGGGCUCUCUGAUCCUGAAGCAUCAUCCAAUCUACAAUCAGCACCAUCAAUCGAGGACUAUCCAAAUCCGACCACACAAAAUUCAGGAUGGAGCCCUCAAAGCAUCCCAGAAGACCUUUCAGCUCCCACAAUCCACUGGGUGAGCACUUGGAGACAAAACGCAGCCAAUGAGGAUGAUUCGGAGUCCGAGGAAACCGAUUGGGAUGAGGAUUGUCCCAACAUGAACAAUCCCAAAAAAGACAAGAUGAGCUGCUGGAUGGACAGAUUCUGGGGCGAGGAGGAAAACAAUGAACGGCAGACUGAUUUAUUAUCUAUUAAAUCUGCCGAAGAAACACAUGAAGAUGAAAAUAUCAAAGUGGCAGAGCGUUUGACGGAGAAGAGAGUUGUGUUUGGAGGAUACGACAGGAGUCUUUUGGAGGAAUCGGAGAGCUGGGAUGGAGACGUGCGAAGCUUUGUGGAUGAUGAAGAGGUGGAGAGUGAUCUGGAGAGUCUUCGAGAGCUGGGAAGUGAUCGGGCACAGGAAUGGGAGCCGUUUUUACAGCUCCAGACACUUUACCGGCCCAAAGAUGCUCAGCUGCAGAGCGAAGACAGCUACUCGGAGUCUGAAGAAGAGUCGCUCAUGUUGAGGAGGAGUGAACAAAAAGGCACAAGUUUACCUGAGUCUCCUGAACCGCGACCUCUUAGCCACACCAGCUGCUGCGACUCUGAGCAAGAUCUCUCAGAGGAGGACUCUGAUGAUUUAAGCUCAGGGGUUUUCUCCUCCUGCAGCACCACAGAUGGUCAAAGCUUUAAUGUGGAUUGGUCAGUGUCAACCAAUCAGACGCCUUCUUGCUACUUUGAAGGUCUUGGGGUGGAUAUAUGGGUGGAAGAUGUAAGCGGGGAGUGUUUAAAGAUCAGAGAGAGGCCACAGGUCAAAAUUGGACACAUCGCCGUGGGAAUCAGUGAACAGAUCUCCUUAAGGACCUUUAGUUUGGCCACCCUGGAUGGUCGGCUGGUGUCUCCUGACACAGAAGUGCAGGAGUCGGGCAUGUGGUUGCAAUGUGUCCCCGCUCCAGACGGCAGUCCCAGCUGGGAUUGGAGGAUCAGAGAUGGAAAACUAGAGCUGCAGGAAUAUGAUGAUCUUUCAGAUACCUGCUCAACAGUGGCACUCUAGCAAAAAUAGAUCCAUUUUUAUACAUCUCAUUCCAUUCAUUUUUUAUGCUCAUACUACAUGUAUUUAAAUGAAUUGCAGUAAUUUUGGUUGAUUAAGCGAUCCUAAGGUGUCACAUUGUAAUGCAAUUGUACAGAUAUGUUGUAAAUUUGUUGUACUGAUAGCUUUGUUUUCCAGGUUUAAACAUAAUUCUUAUGUAUACAUGUGUACACUUAAUGAUUUUAUAUAAAAUUCAUAAAUACAUUUUAUGCAUAAAGAAAAGCGCUCUUGCAGUGCUGUGUAAUGUAAACUAAGGCGUGUACAGUCACUACAAUAAAUCGGAAGUUCUUACUUCCUCAUUUCCCAAA